UUCCAGCAAUGGCCACCUAUUCCUAUCUCUUUUUGGCCCUUCUCUUCUCUUCCCUUUGCAACCGUUCAAUGGUCCUCAGUUCCAACAUGGACAGCCAUGAUCUUGCAAGGGUCCAACCUCUGGCGCCGCUUCCAGCUUGGGCCUGCUCAUCCAAAGAAUCUAAAAGGGAAGGGCUGAAAAUAAUACACAGGUAUGGGCCAUGCUCGCCCUUUGAUGGGCAGAGGGCUACACCUAUCCAAAUCCUCCAACAAGACCAAUCCCGAGUCACCAGGCUCCAAUCCCGACUCACCCGCGCUUCUUCCCGAGUCGAUGUUCAGGACACUACCCUCCCUGCUCGACCCGGCACAGCCGUUGAAACCGGAGACUACAUCGUAACCGUCGGAUUCGGCACUCCACCGAGGGACAUGACUCUUGUGUUUGACACCGGCAGCGACCUCACGUGGAUUCAAUGCCAGCCAUGCUCUGGUGGCUGCUACGAGCAGCAAUACCCGAUCUUCAACCCCACCGACUCAUCUUCCUAUCUCAACCUCUCCUGCAACUCGGCCGUGUGUUCCCAACUCAGCCUCUCCAACGGCUGCUCCUCGUCUACCUGCGUCUACUCCACCGGCUAUGGUGAUGGCUCCAAAUCCAUUGGCUUCUUCGCACAUGACACGCUGUCGCUGACGCAGUCUGAUGUUUUUCCCAACUUCCUGUUUGGCUGUGGCCAGCAGAGCAAUGGCCUGUUUGGCAAGGCAGCUGGGUUGCUCGGGCUCGGCCGUGAAUCCGUUUCUUUAAUUUCUCAAACAGCAACCAAAUUCGGCCGAGUUUUUUCUUACUGCCUUCCGUCGUCGCCGAGCUCACCUGGAUACCUGACUUUUGGCACCGACGCCAUCCCCUCUACCGUUAAAUUCACGCCACUGGUGACUGACCCGAACAAUCCGUCCUUCUACUUCCUCAAUAUGAUCGGAAUAAGUGUAAAAGGACAGGCGCUGCCAAUACCUGCAUCGACAUUGGCAUCUCCCGGUACCAUCAUCGAUUCCGGCACCGUCAUCACCCGACUACCCUCAUCGGCCUACGCCGCACUGAGGUUGGCAUUCCAGCAGGAGAUGAUGAAUUACAAGUCGGUUUCUUCUCCUUCCUCCGUACUCGACACUUGCUAUGAGUUGGGCGGGUCUGAAGCUCUAUCAGUUCCUCCUAUAGUUCUGCAUUUUGAGGGGGAUGUUGAUGUAAAUUUGGACUACUCUGGGAUUAUUUAUGAAAUGAGAGCGGUAGGCUGCCUGGCAUUUGCUGGGAAUGAGGAUAAUGGCGAGCUGACGAUCAUUGGGAACAAGCAGCAGCUGAAGUUGGAUGUGGUGUAUGAUGUCGGUGGAAGGAAGGUGGGGUUUGGACCUGGCGGUUGCCGUUGAGCUGUCUGGCGAAGCAAAAACAGGAGAAAGAGAAAGGAAGAAAGUAAAAAGUGAAUAAUUGUGGUGAAGAAGAAUAAUGGAGAAAUAGUAUGUAAUAAGAUGUGCGACAUCUGAAGAAAUUCGGUAAUGCGUAGAAUGAUAUUUUCUUCUUAAAUUAUUAUCUUUUUCUUUUUA